AAGUGGCCAGAAUUAACUUUGCGGUUCACACGGUCAUGAAGUUUAAUAAUUGAGCAAUUAGGAUGAGGCUUUAUAGUUACCGCGUCCAAUAGGGUGCGGAGUUCACUACUAUAUAGCCUAGUUGAGCAUCGCUGUUAUAUCAAUUCUGGCCGUCUCGUUGCCAUCGACUUAGAUAGUUCAUUCUUAGGUUGAAAGCGAGUUUUUUUUUGUCGUGAUAGAAGAACGAACGCCGUGGAAGAAAAACCAGUUACUUUGAAGCUGGGGCAUUUUUUUUUCAGGUUAAAAGACUAAUUCGAUUGCAGUGUAAAAGGACAACCACUUGAAAAUGCAGUUCCUUGUUUUUACAACGGUGUUUUUCUGGGCGUUUCUGAGUGUUCCGCUCGUUGACUGCAGCAUAGACCUUCAGCAAGAGUCGUGGAACGAAUUGUCGCAUCAGUUCGUUCACCUGGCUAAAAAGUGUUACUUGUCGCGCGAUAUAUUCAUGUUGAGGUUGCAUCAUCUUACCGAUAGGAAUGUCACAUGCAACGAUGGCACGCCAGCAGGGUAUUACUUGAGAAGAGCUCAUGGUAGUAAAAGGUGGAUUGUGUAUUUGGAGGGUGGCGAAUUCUGUACCAGUGCAGAGUCUUGCCAAGCGAGAUAUUCCGAUAUGACCCAUCUGAUGUCUUCUGCUAGGUGGAACCCUGUUAAGGAAGGCUCCGGGAUACUCUCAACGAAACAACACCUAAAUCCAACCUGGUGGAAUGCAAAUCAUGUGUAUGUACCGUACUGCUCAAGUGACGCAUGGAUUGGCAACGCAUCAGCAAAUGAAACAGGAGAGCGAUUCUCUUUUGUCGGAAGCAGAAUAUUGGAAAGGGUGUUUACGGAGCUGAUGUCAAAGGGUCUGGAACAUGCCGAACGUGUUCUUCUAGCAGGAAGCAGUGCUGGUGGUAUCGGCGUGAUUCUCAACUUGGACAGGAUUGCCAAAAGGCUCCAGACGGGUGGAUUUAAAAUCGAUGUUCGAGGCCUGGCUGAUUCCGGCUGGUACCUGGACAUUCCUUCGUGUCCUGCAGGAGGAAAACACUGCCAGAGUGCUAAAAUCCAAGAAAACGUGACCAAAAUGGCAAUAGCUUAUUGGAGAGGCGUUGUACCUGACGAUUGCGCAAGAAGAAAUCCUCAGAAAAAAUGGAAAUGCUUCUUUGGUGAACAGGUGUAUCGUACAGAUGAUAAGUCUCCGAAACAUAGUCCCUUGUUCGUUUUCCAGUGGUUGUACGAUAGCGCACAACUGGUGUGGUCAAUUGGUGCGCAUAUUAUGAGACCAGGACAGUUAUCUAAAGAGGAGUUGGCCCGGGUAUCUUACAUUGGGAAUGAAGUAAGGAACUCCUUCAAUAGGACCAAAGGACUGUCGUGCGCGGUAUUUGCGCCAUCUUGCAUAUUCCACAGCAUCCUCAAUCAAAAUGACUGGCUGAACGUUUUAGUGAAAGGGAAGAACCUAAACCAGGCGCUUAACGAUUGGUACCAGUCCUCUGGCCAGACAACGCAGGACUGUCAGACACUCAUCGAAACGGAGUGUACUUAUCCACAGUGCGCUCCGACGUGUCCUUCAGGCUGGAAAUUAAUGGGUCAGCGGUCCCGCAGUAAACACACCAAACCACCGUCUGACUAGGUUGCGGUUCCAAGACUACGUAAAUGAGGGAGCCCCAUGGAAAAAGGGUCUCCCAAGACACUAGUGUAAUGUAGAAGUUGUUAAUGGAAUAUCACUAUAUUUUAAUAUGCAACAGAACACAUUGAUAACAGCUACUAUAAAUUUCUUCGUACUACGAAGUUAAUGAUUAAAAAAUAGUUUAAAAAGGCGUUACGAAUUUUGAAAAGGUCGACUUUUAAUUAACUAAUCAAGAGUGCUUUUUGUGGCCCUUCUGAUUCCAUCAUUUUCACCGAAAGCCCGCAAAACGGUAGGUACGUUGUGUAUGAGGACACAUAAUGUACUUCACGUAAUUAUAAAAUGAGUAACUUAUAAUGAAUAUGCAUGUUAUGUUCCCAUACAGUGUACCGGAGCGAUAAAGUACUCGGUAAAAUUCGACUCCAUUUUGUUUUGAUUGAAAGUAAAGAAAAGUGGCGGCAACCUGGUAAAAAAAUACAAAUCUUUUCAUAGACAUAGGUAACCAAGUUUUAUCUUUGGCCAUAAGAUGUAUCUCAUCCUUUUUUGGUAAAUUCAAUAUUUUCUCACGUAAAAAUACGAGGAAAAAGAAAAAGAAUUUAAAUCAUGAGGGCCACUAUUAUGACAGAAACUCAUUAAAAAUUAAUCUUAUCAUAAUAGGAAAACAGAAACACCAACAACGAGACCAUUUUUCGGAGAUGGUAGAGUUGAUAGGUAGUUGAAAGACACUGUUUUGUUAUGUGCUAUCGACUGUAAUAUUAAUCACUGUAAUGCAUCAAAUAGUUUUGCUCGCGCGCGAUUGGUCUUAACGCAUCGCCUGAUCAAAUACGCCUCAGCUAAAACUGGGGAAUAUUCGAGGAUAUAAAGCAAGCGAUAUGCCCAUAUUUUCAAACCUUGCGUCUUGAAAAGUGACUCGAAAAGAUGAGAGAGCGUUCAGCUAUUGUUACAGAAGAAGGGACAAUUUUGUUCGUUCAUUUAGUCGUACUAGAGACACUAAGAAAGAAUUAUCAUCCCACACAUGGCAAACAGUAAGAUGUUCACAAACCUUUUACCCACGCGUUGCAAAAAUAUUUGAAGGAUAAUAAACACGAUAGCUCGGACAUUACCUGUUUCUCGAAGUUCACAGUUUCCCCGCACAACUGUACACAUCUCGGGACAGAUAACGUCCGCGGACAACUAUCCGUGCCUGUUUUCGCGCCAAAUGAGGGCUGUAGUUUUUCUAUCAACUUUUCAUUAAUUUACCAUCUGUUUGGUCGACCAGUUCAUCGUUUUGAUUGACUUGUUCGUUUCUCGACGGCUUUUAUUCAAGGCAAGCAGUUGUUGUUUAAAAAGCUGAGAAACGAACAAGGAGACAAGAAAGGCUGUUUUAUCAUUAAGCGCAAGCAAGGUUUAUAAUGACUGUCAUUUGUUCUGUUGUUAGGUGCAUUACUAAAUAUUAAAAAAUAUAACGACGUUUAAAA